ACACCCCCAACUAUACUGAUGCUGAUUUACACUGGAUCAAACACUUGCCUAUGACCCAGUGCUUGCGUGGCUGGUAGAGGGCCACAGACUCCAGCAUCAUUUUGCCAGAGGAACUAGGACGGCGAGUCCUAUCCAAAAUGCGACGGAGCACUCACAUGGGAACAAGGAAGAUGGGAGACCUCAUACGACAUGCAAAGAUCACUAUUAAAGACUCUGGAGCAAAGAUCGAGCAGAUUGUGGCGAGCUGCCACGCAUGCCAGUUAACUAAUGCCACCGCCCAUGGAUCUAACCCGGGCACCCGGCUCCGAGGGGACCGCCCAGGAGCCUACUGGGAAGUGGACUUCACUGAGGUAAAACCUGGAAAAUACGGAUACAGGUAUUUACUAGUGUUUGUAGAUACUUUUUCAAGAUGGACAGAGGCAUUUCCCACCAAACAUGAAACAGCACAGACUGUGACCAAGAAACUGCUGGAAGACAUCUCACCAAGGUAUGAUGUUCCUGUUAAGACUGGAUCAGACAACGGCUCAGGAUUCGUCUCUAAGGUGUGGCCUAAGCUGAGGGCCCUCUAUGAGACUGGGCCACCCCCGGACCCCCAUCGAUAUUGGCCAGGUGACUGGGUGUACGUGUGGAGAUACCGACACCGGACACUUCAACCUCGCUGGAAGGGACCCUACAUCGUGAUCCUGACCACUCCCACCGCUCUCAAGGUCGACGGGAUUACUCCCUGGGUCCACUACACCCACACGCCGUUCUCAAGGACUUUGUUCCAGAAUGGAAAAGCCAACCGAACAAGGACAAUCCCCUAAAGCUAAGACUGUGCCGUUCUCACUUAUUUCCCACCUCCAAGACUCCCUAGUCUGAGGUUGUCCUUCAAAAUAGAAGAGGAUUAGACUUAGUCUUCCUACAACAAAGGGGGAGGGGGAUUAUGUGCUGCCUUAAACCUAGGAUGUUGCUUCUUCGCUGGAAUGUAAAUGGGAGUGAGAACAGCCACAAGGUUGGUUAGAAUCCUGGUUUAAUCAUUCCCCUGGCUCACUCUGAGAGCAACCUGGACCCAUGAUUGGGUCCUUCCUUAGGUUCCUCUGAGAGGGGGAAAUGUGGAGGCCGAGAAAAUUAAGGCCAUUCCACUUUAAGUUCAGCCUUAGCACAAGUCCAGCCAUCCCAGGGCCUUGUGAAUAAGAGCUGAACUUUACCUUACUUCAGUUACAGGAAGAAAACAGUUUACAGCUUAACAUAUUAGAAAGUCUCAUAUUAGAAUAAAAACAGCCCAAGCCAAGGGCAGGAAGCCCCUAUUAGAAUAAGAACAGAGCUCAAUGCCCUUGAAAGCCCCAUAUCAGAAUGUAAACAGAACUUGAGAAAUUCCUCUACCUCUUCUGGAGGUCCCCUAGACCAGCCCAUAAAACUAAGCUGAAACCCACCCCGGGGUCCAAGUCCCUGCUCCGCUGUGUCGAGUACACUUGGACCCAAGCUCGAGCUU